CUUAGGCAGAUAGUGAGGCACGUUAGUCAUGCUCUCGAAACCACCUGCCAAUACGAUCUGCUGACUGCCGCUCAUGAGGCUCUGCGCACCGAUUGCCACAGACUUCAUGCCAGAUGCGCAUACUUUAUUGAUGGUAGUGCAUGGGAUGAAGUUGGGGAAGCCAGCCUUGAGCACGGACUGACGUGCCGGGGCCUGGCCGAUACCGGCGCUCACCACGUUGCCUAAAAACGCCUCCUGGAUCUGCGCAGGCUCGAGGUUUGCGCGCUUGACAGCCUCCGCGUUAGCGAUGGCGCCUAGCUCCGGCGCCUGUAGUGGAGAAAAGGAUCCGUUGAAACACGCGAUUGGUGUGCGAGCGUAGCUGGCGAUCACCACGUCGGUAUCAGCCACGCUCGUGCUGAAGAGGCGGCGGGAAGCGGGGGCGGCGCGACGCAGCAUCAUUAUGACAAGAGGCUGGUGAAACUGGAAGUGACCGCUUGAAGCUUUCAACUUGAUGUGGAGCACGCGAGAAGCGUCAAUCAUUUUGAUUGGAUGCGUAUUACCCCAUCUUCAAGUUAAGUUCUCAACAUCAAAAUCAUGUGGUCCACACGUAAAUAUUCAUCACUCCUUAAAGCAACAUCACUUUGACUGCGUCAACUUCCGCGAUGCUCUUCUUGGAGCAGACGCAGGGCUUCGCACCGGAGGACGGCGCGCCCCAUGCGGCGGCCUCGGCCCCUUCGCUAUUCGAAUUGCUUAUGCAGGAGCGUAUGGCCGCAGGUUUUAAGCCGGCGGUCGAGUAUCUGGCGCACACGUUGUGCGAGUCGUACCCAAAUCUGGCGCUGACAUUACCUGUACGCCGCCUGGAUGAGAGCUACGCGCUGCUGCGCUUAUGUAUCGAGCGCUACUUUCUGUCCACAUACGACAGUCUUGCUACCGAGAAAUUCUAUGGCAUGAAGCGCGUCAUGCUCCACGCCAAAGAGAACGCAGAGACCACGACGGGUCCAUUGACACCUCGAGCCAGGAAACUCGCACUGCUCUUCGCUGUGGUGGUGCCAUAUCUGAAGACGAAGCUUGAUGCGUAUCACAAGGAGACAGCGGAGCAGCUUGCCAGGACGAGCACUACGUCAGGUGAUGGAAGGGAACAGCAAAUGGGGAAUUUUUUACGGCGUCUUCGCAGCUUCCAGUACUUGCGGACAUUAAAGAAGGGCUUCGUGGCUACGUACCCAUUUGCACACUUUGCGUACGAGGGUUCGUUCUUCUUGUACCAAUGGCUGUACCUGUUUGGAGACACGCCGUACUUCUCGCCCUUCUUGAGAUUCAUGAAGACAGUGUUAGUGAGAGUAACACCCGACGACGAGUCAGUAUUCCGACAGAAUGAAGUUACCUACCGCCAGAAGGUGAUGGAGGAAUUGGCCGGCCCCGGACUAUUUGACAGAGUUCGAAGACUAGCUCUUCGUGCGACAUGGGCGACCCUGGAUCACUCGUACGUGCUGCUAUUACUGGGUGUUGCCGGGUACAAGUUCGUCGAGUGGAUGUACUCGGAAGAGGGCGUGGCAGCCAAAUUGAGACUCACAGGCACCGACGCACCGAUCCCACCUCCUCCACUCCCUCCGCAAUUUUCAGGUCAAGCAUUGACGCUGGCUACCAUGGACUCCACACUUUGUCCGAUAUGCAAGAAGAAGCGUGUGAAUCCUGCUAUGACACUUUCAGGCUACGUGUUCUGUUACAUGUGCAUAUACCAUCACUUGGAACAGCACGGAAAGUGCCCCAUUACGCAGAUUAAAUGCGAACCUGCCACCAUCGUCAAAAUUUAUGACGAUGCGCGAGAUCCUUAACAAGUAAAGUUUUGUCCUAGCAGCCGGCAAGUGAGAUAAAGUAAGCCUGCUGGCCUUAUGAGCUAAAUUCUUUUACCAAAGCGUGUAAUUCGCAGUCCAGUGAGCACAGCACGAUCAUCAAAACGCCUCGGCAGCGGAAGGUGAUGACGGAAUGCACGUUGUCGAAGCUGAGUCGAGCAGUUCCUUUGUGCUUUGAGCCAGCGCUUGAGGGUCAGUUGGAGUCGUUUUAAGGUAUUCGCGCCACACAGAACCCGAUCGUUUCGAUAGCUGCGCCUCAGCGCAGGAGAAAUGGUUCAUGAUGUUUUCCAGUUCCUUCGUCGUCUCAACUCGGAAACGCUGCA